GGGGCGGGGGCGUCCCGGCCGCGGCGCGACCAUGACUCUGGAGUCCAUGAUGGCCUGUUGCCUGAGCGACGAGGUGAAGGAGUCGAAGCGCAUCAACGCCGAGAUCGAGAAGCAGCUGCGGAGGGACAAGCGCGACGCUCGCCGCGAGCUGAAGCUGCUGCUGCUGGGCACUGGGGAGAGUGGGAAGAGCACGUUCAUUAAGCAAAUGCGUAUAAUUCAUGGCUCAGGCUACUCUGAAGAGGACAAAAAAGGCUUCACCAAGCUGGUGUACCAAAACAUCUUCACUGCCAUGCAGUCUAUGAUAAGAGCCAUGGAAACCCUGAAGAUUCUGUAUAAAUAUGAACAGAACAAGGCCAAUGCAGUGCUGAUCAGAGAAGUGGAUGUAGAAAAGGUCAUGACAUUUGAGCAGCCAUAUGUAAGUGCAAUUAAAACAUUGUGGAAUGACCCUGGAAUACAAGAGUGUUAUGACAGGAGAAGAGAAUAUCAACUUUCUGACUCAGCUAAAUACUAUCUCAGCGAUGUGGAUCGUAUUGCCACCCCAGGAUAUCUACCAACUCAGCAAGAUGUGCUACGGGUUAGAGUCCCUACAACCGGGAUCAUAGAGUACCCCUUUGACCUAGAGAACAUUAUCUUCAGAAUGGUGGAUGUUGGAGGUCAGAGAUCAGAACGAAGGAAGUGGAUCCAUUGCUUUGAAAAUGUGACUUCCAUCAUGUUUUUAGUAGCACUUAGUGAAUAUGACCAAGUUCUGGUGGAAUCUGAUAAUGAGAACCGGAUGGAAGAGAGCAAAGCUCUCUUUCGAACCAUUAUAACUUAUCCAUGGUUCCAAAACUCUUCUGUUAUCCUCUUUCUCAACAAGAAAGAUUUGUUGGAAGACAAGAUCCUGUAUUCCCACCUUGUUGACUAUUUCCCAGAGUUUGAUGGCCCACAGAGGGAUGCCCAGGCAGCCCGUGAGUUCAUCCUCAAGAUGUUUGUGGAUUUAAAUCCCGACAGUGAUAAAAUCAUCUAUUCCCAUUUCACAUGUGCCACAGACACAGAAAACAUCCGUUUCGUCUUUGCAGCUGUCAAGGACACCAUCCUACAGCUCAACCUGAAGGAAUAUAACCUGGUUUGACCUGCUCUGCUCUUGCCCCUUGAGAGGCUUCUUUGUGAAGAAAAGACAAAAAAAAAAAAAAAAAAAGAAAAAAAAAAAAAGAAAUUUUAAAUAUGACAGGAUAAAAAAAAAAGUUUUAAUUUUUGAUGAUGUAAUGAUUGCAAAUUGUCUGAUCUGUGGAGUGGCAAGUGCUCGGUGUUACCCUGGAGUCUCAUGUCUCUGUCCACAGAGUAGUUGAUUUCAUAUUUUUAACAAAUUGCUUUUAUGUCACAGUUAACGGGGAUAUGCCUCAUUUCUUCAGCACCUUGCUUACUUCUUAAUUUUUGCCAAGCAGCUAAGGCAGCCUCAUCUUGAUCUUUCUUUUGUUGCUAAGCCACUUUUAUUUUUUUUUGUUUUAAUUUUAUUUUUUUCCCCCUUUCAUUCCCGUGGUAUAUGUAGAGAAAAACAAAAAAUCCCCAACACUUUCCAGCUGAGAUUGUGAAUUCACUGGACUGUGGGAGUGCAGAAUGCUACUGGUCCCUUUGCCUUGUGCUCUAGGGUGCCUCUGGUGUAAUUAAUUUGCUAAUCCUGCUUCUUUCCCUUCCUAUUUUCCCUUUCCUUCCCCAGGACACGCUCCAUGGUUCACUGUGAUGAAAUGUUGGGGAGGAGCAAUUGCUCUCCAACUAUUGUGCAAAAAAAAAAAAAGAAAAAGGCAAAACAAACAAACAAAAAAAAAGCCAUCACUUUUCCAUUCUUUAUAUGUUCUGAGUAAUUUUUUGUUAUCAAUUAUAAAAGGUAUGGAGACUGUGAUUUUUUUCUUUUUUUUUAAAUUAUUGAUGUUCUAUACAUAGUUUGCUAUGUGUUGCUGUAUUUUGUUCAUGGACUACAAUUGAUGGAAGCUCUUGGAGCAAUAGCUGCUGAGCCUGGGGAAGUGCCUGACUGUAAUUGUUCUUUUUUAUUUCAUUUUUAUUUCACUUUUAUUCCUUUUUUUAUUUUUUUUUCCCCACACAAACACAUCCCACCCACACCACAAGCACGUGGCCACGUGUGCACAAGGCUCAGUCUGCAGAGAGGAACUGUUUUUGUUGGGAAGAGUUUUUUGACAUCAAUGAGCAACUUCUCUAUGCAGCAGUUACCCAAAGCACACUGAGUGAUUGUGGCAUUCCAACAUCAGACUUUGCCUGCAUUGAAAACCUUAAUCUUGUGCCAUCCUCUAGGUCUUUUCUUGCUGCCUAAUAGCAAUCAAGCCUUGUUUUAAUUGCAUUUUGUGCCAGUGUGUGAAUGAGUUUGUAGGAAUUCCUCAGCUUUGCAGAGUCUGAGAGGACCAGAGCUGGAGGGUGAGAGGCUCUGCCAGGAUUGUUCCUUUUGGAGCUUGAGGAUGGCUCUUGGGGAGGGAGUUCUGUCCCUCCUGUUGAUGCAUUCCCCUCUUUGGAGGAUUUGCACCCAUCCUUGCUGCAGGGUGGUAGCAGUGGUUAAUGAAUUAAUUAAUUAAUUGUUAGCAGGGGCUGCUGCAGAAUGCAGAGAGCCCUGCCCUGGCUGCACUUGGUGCAGCAGGAGAGGAGGACAGAGGCAGCAGCACCAGCUGGAAAGCAGAACAGAUGAAAUUGUGGAUUCUCAGUGCCACUGAAUCUCCACAGAGCAGGAGAUGAAGCCUUUGCACAUAGGAGAGUUUGAUUUUUCAGGAGCUGAGGCAAAUCAAGGUGCUGAAAGGAGAGGAGAGAGGCAGCAGCACCAGUUUGAAGGCAGAGUGGGUGAAAUUGUGGAUUCUGAAUCUCCACUGAGCAGGAGAGGAAGCCUUUGCACACAGGAGAGCUUUAAAGCUGUAUUUUGCAGGAGCUGAGGCAAAUCAAGGUGCUGAGGGAGAGGAGAGAGGCAGCAGCACCAGCUGGAAAGCAGAAGAGAUGAAAUUGUGGAUUCUCAGUGCCACUGAAUCUCCACAGAGCAGGAGGAGAAGUCUUUGCACAUAGAAGAGCUUUAAAGCUUUAUUUUGCAGGAGCUGAGGCAAAUCAUGGUGCUGAGGGAGAGGAGAGAGGCAGCAGCACCAUGUGAAGGCAGAACAGAUGAAAUUGUGGAUUCUCAAUGCCACCUGAAUCUCCACUGAGCAGGAGAGGAAGCCUUUGCACAUAGGAGAGUUUGAUUUUGCAGGAGCUGAGGCAAAUCAAGGUGCUGAGGGAGAGGACAGAGGCAGCAGCACCAGUUUGAAGGCAGAGUGGGUGAAAUUGUGGAUUCUGAAUCUCCACAGAGCAGGAGGAGAGUUUGGUUUUGCAGGAGCUGAGGCAAAUGAAGGUGCUGCUGCCAGAAGUGCAUUGGCAAGGCAGGGAGAGAGAGGGAAGCAGGAGGUGAGACCCACUGGGUGUGUGUCAGUCACUGAUGCUCCUGUUUCAAUUCCAACAAGAAGAAUUGGGUCCAAAUUCUCUGGAUCAACCAGAUUUGCCCCCUCGAAGGCUGCCAGUAGAAAAAAAAAAGCCAAAAGGAGCUGCACUGUUGGAGGGGGCUGUUGAUAUUUUGUCUCUUUUGUAGACAGAGCACUACAUCAGUGUUUUGCACAACGUUGUAAGAGUAAAUCUAACUGUCUGAGAUGCUUAAGAUGCUUUGAUCUAGAACACUAAAUCAUGGAGGGACAUGAUUUUGAAUCAUUCUGUUGCUAGUUCCCUCAUUUUCCAGAAGCCUCUGUGUGCUCAGAGUGCUGCAGAGCAAAGCCAGCUCUGCUCCAGGUGAUUCCAGAGCUCGAGGUGGAACAGUAGCCAUGGGACCAACAGCUGAAGAGCCAGUCUGAGGGAAACAUAGCAUCUCUUUAGACUAGCCAUGCUCUGGACUGCAUUUAACCCUUGGGAGGAAUGAGGAGGGAUUCCCAUGUGUCAGACAGCUUUGCAUCAAUUUUACUGCUUUUUUAUUUUUUUGGUUUGCUUUUUUUUUUUGUUUUCAUCUUUAUGCCAAAAUGAUCCAGUUUGUAGAAAUUGUCUUAUAAAGAGGAAUUUAUAAUCAUCUUCAUGUAUUCUAAGUGCUGUUCCUCUGAAGCAGACAGCAGCACCAACCUCUUCUGCUUCUGUGAUCCUUUUGUAAAUGGUUCACACUACAGCUGUUGCCAGCAGUGAGCCUGGCACUGAGAUACACAGGUUCUUGGAAAAUAACUUCCCAGAAGUUUCUCUUUUCCAAGGUGAAUGAUGGUGGUACUUCCACUUGAAUCAGAAACUUUUUUUUUUUUUUUUUUUUUUUUUGUCUUGUUUUGUACCUUCCCCUUUCUUUAAGAGCUGCUGCCCUGGCACAGGAGGAGGGAUCUUGGCAUCUGUCUCUUGCAGAGUGACUCUGCAUGGUGGGGAGCUGUGGGCACGAGGCUUUGGGAAAUGCUGCACCUUGUGGGGCACCUGCUUGGGUUGGCCUGAGGGUUGGCUCAGGGAGGGGAGGGAAGGGCUGAGCUUUGCUCAGUGGCUCUUGUUGAGUUGUGAAACUCCUCCUGGACUGGGUCAGAGCUGUACCUGUCACCUGGAGCUGUGUGUGGCUGUACCAUGGGUGAGAAGAUUGCAGCGUUAUCAGCACGUGCUUUCCUUAGUGAGCAGCUGCUCGUGUGCCUCCAGCUUGGCCAGUGCAGUGUUCCUGCACAACUGGCUCCUGUCUCUGUUGGCUGGCAAAUGCAAAAGUGCCAAACCUUCAAACCAAAUUUGCCUGUAUCAACCUUUCUGAAAGUGAGGCCUGUCAGAGUUCUCUGCAGGCUGAGAGUGACUUUCAGAAGAAAGGUAAAAAUUGGGUUGUUGUAGGGAAUCCAGAGCCUGAGGAGUUGGCUCUCCUUGCUAACCUCUGCUCCUUGUGCACUUUUAACCUUUGUUCUGUCGAAGAAACCAACAGACUUGGAACUAGUUUGAAACUUGAAGCCAGUGAGCAGAGGAGCAUCCCUUUUCCUUCACCAUCCCAUGUGGAUUUGGCUACCUGGUGAGCAAAAGCCCCUUCCAGCUGCAGCGUGUCAGCUCCUGCCCUUCCUCCCUCCCUUCUCCUCCACUUGGAUUCUUUGGUCUCUUGUUGUUGCUUCCUAGCAAUGUUGGCCUUGCGUUCAACUAUGGUUUUUCUUCAUGUGUUUUAUUGGUUUAAAAAAAAAAAAAAAGACAAAAAUACUUAAAAAAACAAACAAACAUUUAAAAAAGACAAAAAAAAAAAAAAGUACUUCCAGAGUGUGCUGACCAUUGUAUUGUCCUGUACAGAGCCCAGGUCGUUAGAGUCCAGCAGAGAUAAAGUGUGUUAUGCAGCACCCAGUUUUUUAAGAGUAUGGUUUGUGCCAAUGCCCCUUCUUUUAGUAGUGCCAGAGACUCUUUACAAGUGCCAAUGUGGUGGAAAUUAUUUGGUUAUACUUGUAUAUUAUAGGAUCCUGAUUUAAGACAAUUUAAACAUUAUCCUAUUUAAAAAGAAUACUAUAUAAAAUGCUGUUUUUAAACCUUGUCAUUUGCAAUGCAUGUAUUGUUGUGCGUGUUGGGGGGCGGGGAGGGAAGAGGGUAGGGGAAAGGAGUUUCUGAAUAAGAUGCCCAGUGUCAGGAUCUAUUCAGACUCCAAACUGUCUCAUUCCAGUCCAGGAGUGGGAUUGUUUCUUGGAAUGAUCCCACUCUGACUGCUGGGCAACUCACGCUUAUUACAGAAAUAUCUGAUGGAAAUUGAUUUUCAUAUCUUUCUCCUGAAAUAAACUCUCUGUUUGAAAUUGGAAUAAAUUUUGUUCCUAAAA